CUACGCUGCACUGCAGACAAAGCGCAGCUGGGAUCCAAAUAAAGCAGAGGUCUUCUUCCGUUCUUGAACAAUGGGCUGUUUAUCAUUGAUCAGAGCUCUGUUCAAUGACGACAUCGACGCAAUGCUUGAGAAAAUUCUGCAGAUGUUACCAUCCUCUUUCUCCGUGGAAGAAUCGCACUUGUACACGGCGGAGAAGAUGCUGAUGAGGCAGUUUGUACUCAUGAAGCAGUGGGAUCAGGUUCCCAGGCACGUCUGUGUGGAUCACAUGAAGCAGUGGAUCCUGGCUAAAAGAAGCUUCCUGCAAGAGUUCCAGGAAAUGAAAUCAAGGACAGACGCAAGGAUGUUCAAUCUCCUUGAAGUGGCCUGGAUCAGAGCACGGUUUCAGUGCCUGAACCUGAUGGAGAAAGAAGUCUGGGAGGAACUUGACGAGGAGACACGACUUUCGCAGCUACUAGGCAGGAGGGUCACACUAGAAGGCCUCCAGAUGUUCCUCUUGUCCGCGUGCCCCACAGCAGAGGAAGAUGUGUACAGGUUCCUGCAGCACCUCUUCAAUGAGCUGCUUAGUAUCAACAGGAGCAAGAUGUUAAUGCUGUUCCCCGAGUUCCAACGCUCAACUGUCCACCUGGUGAGGGAGGUGGUCGAACAUGCGGUCAGCGUUUUCCUGGAGGAGCAGGAGCCACCUGCUGAAGGGCACACGGGCCUGGACUCCACUCCAGCGUCUUUGACAAGAAGGGUUGCAGCUGCCAGCAUGGAGAUUAGCAGAAUGCUGGCACGUGCUCUGACUUCUUGCUCCUGCAUCAGUCAGCAGAUCGCCGGAGAACGGCUCAACGCUAUCUGCAUGUCGGUGGGCGGGAAAAUGGCCACGAGCGUACUCACGAGCUUUGCCGAGCGCUCUGCGAGCUUCCACCUGCUGGACUACGACCAGAGCUUUUUCACAGCACGAGACUGCAUCGUAAAUGCCUUUGAGGACCUGAACUCCAUCGCGACCUCUAAAUAAAGUUCUGCUCUCCAAGAGCAACAGAAGACGCACAUGAUGCCGUUUGUGCUCAUGAAGCAGCAGCAGGACCGUCCGUUUAAAGAAGGUCACAUCCUGCGUUAAGUUAAAAGAUGAAUGAAAUAAAAAAUUACCUCAGUUCUUUUGUCACGGGUGAGUGAAAGUACGUAAAUGUCCUUACGGACCUUUUCAUUCCUUGCCUGUGUGUUAUAUUUUAUCAUGGAUACAUUUUUACACAUG